ACGAUGCCUGUGUUCUGUGAGCCAUCUGCAUGUACAUUCUGCUUUACGAGACUCAGUACUUCUACCGAUCGCAGGAUAGUCGGUUCGCGGAAAGUUGUUACGUUCGUACACUCCUCAUCCCUGAAUAAUCGUACUCGACGAUUCGUUUAAUAUUAGUCGGAUCGUGGAGAGUUAUAACGUCCGUACACUCAUCAUCCCUGAAUUAUCCUAAUCGACUAGUUCAAGGUGAAGUGAAACCCCCCUAAAUUAGUCGAUUCGCGAAUAAGACACUAUUUUUUUCAAAGAUUUAGUCCCGCAAUGGAGCAAUUUGUGUGCCUUUUGGACUACGAACGAUACGCAUUGAAACAUUUGAAGCCUUCUGUAAGGGAUUAUUACAGAGGUGGAGCUGGAGAUGAAUAUACGUUGAAUUUGAACAGAGAAGCUUUCAAAAAAUAUAGAAUUCGACCUAGAGUGCUUAGAGAUGUAUCUAAACGGGAUAUCAGCACCACAGUUUUGGGAGAAAAAAUUGCCAUGCCUGUGGGCGUUUCUCCCACGGCGAUGCAACGUAUGGCUCAUCCCGAAGGAGAAUGUGCCAACGCUAGAGCAACUGGCGCGGCGGGGACAGUUUUUAUGCUGUCCACGUUGUCGACGUCUAGCAUCGAAGAAGUCAGCCAAGCUGCUCCGAAUACUAUAAAAUGGUAUCAGCUUUACGUUUACACCGAUCGAAACAUAACGCUUAAUUUGGUACAAAGAGCGGAAAAUGCAGGAUUCAAGGCUCUCGUACUGACCGUCGACGCGCCAUUGUUUGGGGACAGACGCGCGGAUAUCAGGAAUAAGUUUACUUUACCUUCUCAUUUAAGGUUUGAUUAUUAAUUAUUUUCACGUACAGUUAAAAAAUAGAAACAUCUUCCGGUCGAUCGUCCACUCGUUUAUUAUCGCAGCUAGAUAAAGUAAUGCAAAAUUUCCAGCAAAUUUGCCUCAUAAAAGAUGUUGAAAUGAGUCACGAGAGUGUUGCUUUUAUGACUCCUCGUUUGGAACUCACAUCUGCAAUACACAAUGAUAAACUAAAAAUAUUUAAAUAUGAAACAAAGUUAAGUACAACUGAUCUCUCAAUGUAUGUACGCAUAUGUAUAGCUAAAUUAAUCUCACGCAUUGCCGAUAAACAAUUCUAGCGUCUGUAACUGAUAUUGAGU